AUGAGCGGGACGGCGCGUCUCCAACUGGUGGCCACUGUCUUGAGGCAUCGAGCUGAGUUUGCCUUUGCUCAGCUUGAGAACGAGAGAGAUCUGACGUCUCUGCGUGACGAGCUAAGGGUAGCUCGUGGGAAUGUUGAUCGGUCUCGGGCUGAGAUAAAUGCUCUUCAGACCCUUGUCGAUGCCCACCAUCGGGAGCACAAGGCUCUCUGCGAGAUGCUUGAGUGCAAGGGCGUUCUUCAUCGGAAGAAGCAGCGUACUGAUGGUACGGCUUAA